AAUUUUUUUUUUUUAAACAGUUCAAUAUUGAGAAUGAAAGUCUUCUUUGUCUUCGUCAUCCUGUCAGCGUUCUUUUCUAUGAUCUAUGCCAAGACUGUCAAAGAACGCUUGAUGGAUUUUCGCCACGUUAGCGAUACCGAGCCCUCGCCGGAAGCCCUGGCCGCUCUUCAAGCGCACGACAACAAGCGAAUGAGUCAGUUGCAAGUCAUGAUCGAAGAUCGCCGUCGUCAGUUGAUGGAUCACAAAAAUGGGCGCCGUCAUUUGAAUGUGGACGAGCACGCCACCGUUGCGGACCAAGCUGAUGUGUAUACACGCAAACUUGCCCAAAUGCGUUCCGAAACAGCGCUAGACAAGGAAGAGAAACUUCGCGAAAUGAUAGAUUCCUUCAAGCACAUGAAUCGGAUGGAUUACAUCGAUUUCGGAAAGUCCGGUCUAGACGGAUAAACGAUCUCGGAGAGCACUUAGACUGAUAAGCUUUUGUUGAGGAGUCGCUGAGACCAUGCUCCAAAUUGAAGCGUGCAAAGAUCCAAAGACCAAUUUUUCUUACAUAAUCAGAAUGCUUCUUUGACUGUGAAAAACAAAUCAACUAGUUGUCUAACG